AAACCAAUGGGCACAAAGAGACGACGGCACAACAGUUGCCUUUUUUAAAAAAAAUAACACGCGUACCACGUGGGGCGGUGACGUCAGAGGCCGAAAACAAGCGACAGGCUGCGAUCCGCCGCGACUCGGACUGCGCCCGUUGAAGGUUCUGACUGCGCGUCUCUCACCUGCCGGGCAGCGGGUCACGUGUUCAGCACCUGUGUCAGCGCGGGAAGGCGGGUAUAUAAGCUCUCCCUCAUGUUGCUACAAGAGACCAGCGCCGGAGACCGCCUGACACGAGCGGCUGCCAGGGGAGACCUAUUAGAAGUGAAGAGGCUUCUCCAUGAAGAGAGGAUCCACCCUGACUGCCUAAACCGCUUUGGCAAAACUGCUCUGCAGGUCAUGAUGUUUGGCAGCACCCCUGUUGCAUCAGAGCUUUUGAAACAAGGUGCCUCUCCUAAUAUUCAAGAUGCAUACGGCACCACCCCUGCUCAUGAUGCAGCCCGUUGCGGAUUCCUGGACACCUUACAAGUUUUGGUCCAGCAUGGAGCGGAGAUCAACACACCUGAUGCCUCUGGCUCCCUACCUAUACACCUAGCCCUUAAAGCAGGUCACGUCCCUGUUAUUACCUACCUUGCUCUUAUCUCCGACCUUCAGCAUCGGGAUCGGGAAGGGCACACGCCAUCACAGUUGGCCGCCAUCUUGGAUCCUCGCCUGGCUUCCAUAUUUGAGCUCAGCACAUAGAGGAAAUACCCAAAGUUGUCCAAACAUGCCAUGGGAACAAUUUGAUAUGGUGCUCAGUUUCUUUUCCUAGUGCAAUGCAUAGUAGUGGGUAGCUACUCAGUAUUAUUGUAUAGUUUAGCAUGUUUAUGACUGACUGCGGAGAGCUGCAAUAGUACCAAUGCCCUAUAUGUUGUCAGGAGUUUAUAAAUGCUGGGAACAACUGCAGCACCCUUCAGGGAAGGGGAACAUUUACUAGUGGUUAAAUGCUGUUGGUUUUAGGGUAAUAACAAUGCAUUAAUGAGCACUUCUUUGUGUACAUAUUUACAUACAUGUGGCCGGUUACGUGCAGUUUUUUUAUUUUAAUACUCAGGUCAUGUUUAAUUAUUAUUAUUAUUAUUUUUAAUAAUUCUUUUCUCUCUUUGAAAGUCCCUGUCUUUCUGCAAUUACUUUAUACUUUUAUAUGUUUAUGUUUAGUGAAAGUUUCUAAAUUACAAAUGCAUUUAUUUUAGAUUUCAGUACAGUCCAAACUGCCCCAAAAUAUGAUUCACAAAUCAAAACCAAAAUGGUAACCAAUUACUCCUUAUUGCUCCAUAUUUUCCAAUACAAAAACAAUUGGGCCCAUUUUCAGUGGUACAGGCAUUACUGUACUGUGCGGCAUUACAGGGGCACCCAAGUGCUGCUCCGUGCUCUUUCUGUAUACAGCACAGCCGCUCAGGUGCAGCUCUUUGUGUUCUAUUCUAGGAGUACAAAGAGGUGUGCCUCGGUGUAACCAGGAAAUUUCAGUGGAACAAGAUGCAAAAUAAAAUAGUGCUUUGUCCCUGUUUUUGUACUUUGUAAUGUACCUUGCCCUUAAUGGCAGAAGUGCAAAAAAAUGCCCCUUUGUUUAAGCACGGUGGUCCAGUGUCUUUAUAACCACCUCCUUUAUGUCUCUGCUUCACAUAAGCCCUACAUGUAACUCAACCUUUCCCAAAUAAGAUUUUCCUAUGACUCUCCUUAAACCACUCCUAUUGCACAAUAUAACCCCUCCAUAUAACUCCUCCUAUUGCUCCAUAUAACCCCCCAUAACUCCUCCUAUUGCUCCAUAUAACCCCUCCCUAUAACUCCUCCUAUUGGUCCAUAUAACCCCUCCCUAUAAGUCCCCCUAUUGCUCCAUAUAACCCCUCCCUAUAACUCCUCCUAUUGCUCCAUAUAACCUCUCCCUAUAACUCCUCCUAUUGCUCCAUAUAACCCCUCCCUAUAACUCCUCCUAUUGCUCCAUAUAACCCCUCCCUAUAACUCCCCCUAUUGCUCCAUAUAAUCCCUCACUAUAACUCCUCCUAUUGCUUCAUAUAACCCCUCCCUAUAACUCCUCCUAUUGCUCCAUAUAACCCUCCCUAUAACUCCUCCUAUUGCUCCAUAUAACCCUCCCUAUAACUCCUCCUAUUGCUCCAUAUAACCCUCCCUAUAACUCCUCCUAUUGCUCCAUAUAACUCCUCCCUAUAACUGCUCCUAUUGCUCCAUAUAACCCCUCCCUAUAACUCCUCCUAUUGCUCCAUAUAACCCCUCCCCAUAACUCCUCAUUUACCCAUAUUCCCUCUUUGUAUAACACCUUUAUACCGCUCCAGUUGACUCCUCACUUGUGGAUGAUAUAGCCCCAUAAUAACACCGCCUGUAAUUCUUACUUGUACCCACCUUUUCCCUAUACGCAGCUCGUUUCUGCGCCUAGCCUUGUGUAACCUUGCUGUACAAUUAAGUUAAUUGCAUUAUAUAAAAACUCAGUACAAUUCCUCUGUUGCUGUAUCAGCAAAAGUAAAAUGCCAUUCUGGCACAGAGGAAUGUAGUUGUGGGUAGGCGGCCCUGCAGAGAAAGAAUUUCUGUGUUCCUUCCCACAUAGAGCCGUUCUGCAAUGUGCUGAUUCCGCCAUAGUCUGCUCAUUAGAGAUUCCUACAGGCCGUGUGGGAGGCAAAUGUCAGCCCCUCUGUCACUGCUUUAGGGACAACAGAACACAGACGGGGAUCAUGUGACUGCCCAAAAUAUUACCCAGACACCCCAGGGCCACAGCUUGGGCAGCACUUAUAUAAAGGGCCCUGCUUGAAGGAGUCACAUUUAUUAGUGCUUUGAUUUCCGUUGGAGUUGCCUAUUUAUGAAGGAGGUAAUGGGAUUCUGCCAUCUCUGAACCAUACAAAAUAGUAAAAUUCUGCAUCUAUUCCAUGUUUCUGCUAUAGUGAUGCUUUAUACUGGCGCCAUCUUCCCUUCCAGUCCCAAUCUGUCAUUAUUAUUAUUAUUAUGCCACUGUGGCACCCCAGUCGUGCCCUUUGGCAUCCCCACAGCUUUGCCUUUAGAGACAUUUACUAAAACACACUCCCUGAUGUCUCUUCCUAAUAUACUGUAGUAACGCGCGGGAAUAUUACUAGUGCUUUGGACAUAUUGCAGUUAAUUGAAGUGUAUCAUAGAGCUUUCUGUGCUGAUUAAAGGGAAACUAUACCCCCAGAAUGAUCACUUAUCCAACAGAUAGUUUAUAUCAUUGAAUCUGGCCAAUCUGGAAUAUAUAUCAGUAAAUAUUGGCCUUUUAUAUCCUUUCCCUUGAGCCGCCAUUUUGUGAUGGGCUGUGUGCUCCCUCAGAGAUCAGCUGACAGGAAGUGAUGCAGCUCUAACUGUAACAGGAAGUAGUGUGGGAGCAAAAGGCAGAACUCUGCCCAUUCAUUGGCUGAUGGGGCCUAGCAUGUAUGUGUGCCUCGGCUUGUUUGUGUGCACUGUGACUCCUAUGAUCCCAGGGGGCGGCCCUUAAUUCUUAAAAUGGCAGUUUUCUAUUUAAGAUUACCCAAUAGCACAUACUGCUAAUAAAGUAUAUUUAUAUGAAAAUGGUUUAUUUAGAAGAAGCAGGGUUUACAUAUGAGCUGUUUAUGCAAUAUAUUUAUUGAGACCUACAUUGUUUGGGGUAUAGUUUCCCUUUACGGGCAGUCACACACAGGGCUAUUUCAGGUGCUUUAAAGGGGAUCCAUAGUGAUUGAUGUGAACUUAGAGUUAAAUGAAUUGUCUGGAAAUUAUCAGGCUUUUGGCUGAACAGCUUCUCUGAAAGUCAUGGUAACUGGCUGUACUGACCCUUUGCAAUUGUUUUUUAUUUUUUAUGUUUUUUUUAGUUAUUUAGCUUUAUAUUCGGCAGCUCUCUAUUUGGUAUUUGAGCAGCUAGCUGGUUGCUAGGGCCUUAUUUACCCCAGCAACCAGGCAGUGGUUUAAAAGAGAGAUGGGACUAUGAAUAGUAGAGAGCCUGCACGGAAAGAUAAGUAAUAGAAACUAACUAUAAUAAUGAAACUGUAGCCUCACGGAGCAAUAGCUUUUGGCUGCCGGGGUCAGUGACCCCCAUAUGAAAGCUGGAAAGAGGCAGAAGAGAAAGGCAAAUAUUUCCAAAACUACUUAAAAAAAAAAAAA